AUGAUCACUAUAGAAGGGGCGGUGAUGGAGUGGUCCCAAUCGGGAUAUCUAGACUUCAUCUCUUCAACGUCUCUUCUAUUCUUCUUCAGCGUCUUCCCCUCUGUACGAAGGCUGGAUAGAGGUGUUUACUGUUCCUUCAGUUUCUUAUACGCCAACUACUCGCCCAUCAUGCCGAGUGCACAAUUCCAGAAUGACAAUGGCGUGUUUCAACCAUGCUCGUCAGACCAUGUUGGUACAAUGUACGUCUAUAAUGGGAGUACCAAGGCUAGUAGAGAGUGGAAACUAUUUGCCAACGACGAGCUGACCGUGGGCCGCAACCCAAAUUCGUGCCAAUUGGUUAUCGAUGAUCCUAUGGUUUCCAACACGCACCUUCGCAUCUAUACAAUAAUAUUCGACCAAGAAAACCCCACCCAGGUUGCACCUCUGGUGUAUGUCCAAGACCUAUCCCUCAAUGGAGCGUUCUGGAACGGACUCAGGAUAGGAAAGGGAAGCGGUGGCUUCUUGUUAAGCGAUGGUGAUAUCGUGAAAAUUUCCAGUGAUGUGGCUCUGGAAUAUAGGGGUGAGAGAGUAUCUGGGACUCCAUUCGAUGAAGCUCAGAUUCAGGAAAUGAAGCUUCUCGGAAAUCAAUAUGUCAUCACUAACCGCAUCUUGGGUUGUGGCGCGUACGGACGGGUGUACAUGUCAAUCGACAAGCAGAGAAAAACGCAAUUGGCGUGCAAAGUAGUCAACCUAGCUGAUUUGAAAGGUAGGCUUCGGCAAGUCGAAAUUGCAAAGCUUCCACCGAAGGAUGGUAUAGUGCCGCAUACAUUGGCCAAACGGCGACGUCUUACUCACAGGGUACAAACGAAACUGAGGAUGUACGACCGGGAGGUGGAGAUCCUGCAAAAGCUGCGGCAUCCGAAUAUUAUUGGUAUAGAAAAAGUGUUCAAGACGCAUGAUACAAUGUAUAUAUUCCAGGACUUGGUCACGGCAGGCGACUUGUUCUCCUUCCUCGAGUUUAAAAGAGGCAAACUACUGGACGUGGAAGCAGCUGUCAUAGUCCGGCAGGUUGUGAUUGCACUGGUAUACCUACACAGUCAAAAUGUUGUUCAUCGCGAUCUAAAGCCAGAUAAUGUCCUGAUGACAUCCCUAUAUAACGGAUCUCGGGUGAUCUUGACCGACUUCGGGUGCGCAAGAUAUCUGAACCCAAAGAAGUCGCGCAUGGCGUCUAUGAUGGGAACUUUGGAAUACACAGCUCCGGAAAUGGGCCAAGGGGACCUUAAGCUGGCCAAAGGGUAUACUAAAUCUGUUGACUUGUGGUCAAUGGGCUGUCUUACCGUCGUCCUGCUCACAGGUGGUUCACCAUUCAGCGACCCAGCGACCGGAAAAUACUGUGGAAAGCUAGCCAAGCAAUGCAAUCUCGGGGUGCUCGAACGAGACGAGGACUGGCAAAACGUGGGUGAGAGGGCCAAAGAGUUCGUCCGCCGCCUUUUAGUUCUUAACGAUAAGCAGCGGAUGACUGCUGAGGACGCGCUGAAACAUGACUGGUUUACCAACCAUGCACACAGCCAAGCAUUCGAAGAGCUCUACAUGCGCGCGAUACGAGGAUGGGAGCCACGAGACGAAAAGGAGAAAGUGUUAUAUGACUUACGAUAUGAGCAAGGGUCAAUGGGUGAGUACAGUUUCUGGCAAGGCAAGGCAGCAACGAGGGUUUCUUCAGAAAGCCCAGAACGACAGUUGGUGGCCUCUCAGGAAGAAGUAGAGUCUCAGGAAGAAGUAGAGGAAUCGUUGUACUUCUCAACAUCAUGCCAGAACCUAGUGAAGCCUCAGAGGAAUGUAUCAAUUACGCUCUCGGACCCGGGAAACAAAGCCCCCCCUGCAAUACUACGUGAUAGAACGGACCCUUCCCCUCAUUCUCCACCAGGGUCAACGGCCCAAAAGCGGGAUAUAGCGGUCCAAAAAACGGCUCAAGUCUACUUUGAGGUUACCAGUCACGAUGACGCAGCUGACCACCAGGCCAAGUCACGUAUCAGAGACCCGUUUAGUCCCGAGGCAUGGAACAAGAGCUGUGCCGAACCAGUUCAACGGCCAAAGGGAGCACAAUCUGAAAGGAGCAUGGGCGGGAUGGAGCCUGGGCAGCUUGAAGUAGGGACGAAGCGCGAAUGGAACCCCGACUCGGCAGAAGAUGUUCCACUACCAUCAUCUAUGAUCAAGCAUCAAUGGCGGUUAGAUGCCCUCAAGCCGGUGAAAGUAAGCGCUCUCCAGAUUCCAACUAAAUCUGAUAUAACGGAUUCGCGCGGUGCAGCGGAGGAUAUAUUUCUUUUCCAAGACGAUGAGGUGUAUGAAGAGGUACUUGAUCCUGUGACCGGGAAACACCGUCAAGUCAGGUAUGGCGAACGGUAG